UACUACUGGUACCUUGUUUCUCUCCCUCUCCCACACCGCAGCAUCUUCACUCUACCCGUGGAAUACUUUCCUCGCUCAGAUCAGAGCUCGUACGCGAAAUGGUGAUCCUUUGUGGUGGCCACCCUGCUCCUUCGGUUCAUUCUGAAUUUUUAUCUGGAUGGCUAUCACUCAACAGCACCAGAAUGCCUUACCAUUUGUGCUCAACCGAAAGGAACAUCAGAAAGCAAAACAGACAUCAGCAGGCGAUUACCUUCGCAAAAAGCACUUCACUACAAGAUUCAGUGGCCUCUGUAAAGCCAUCUCGUCUUCUGCCCACAGUGAAACCAAAAACAUUUCCCAAUAGCGUCCCUGAUGAGAUACUAUCAAAACUCAAAUUGGAAGAAUCUGAUGCCUUUUACAUGCUAGAGCUGUGGACAACUAGAGAACUUAGUUCCUCUUUGCUAGAUAAGAAUGCUGCGACCUUAAUCUACUUAAUCGAUGUUGACGGUGCCUCCUUGUUAAAAAGAGUACCAGCAAUCUAUGGGGACCAACCUGCACAUGGCACCACGCCCUUACAAUUCCUUCCUUUUCAAAGUGGUUCAGUUGAUAUCAUCACCUUUAAAGGUCCCAAAUUGCAGACAAUCAAAGAAAUCUGGAUCGGCCUUGAACCAGAUCAGGUUCAUGGAGAUUAGAUGGUUUAAAUUUGAAAGUGAUGCAUGGAGCACGGAAUACACCUGAAGAUCUUGAGGGAGCACUUGAGCUCAAGUUCAGCGGUUUAUAGUACACGUUUGACAAGCUCAGUGUGCUGCUUGGUGAGGAUGGAGCUUCAGUAGUGGAAGCAAGGCCAAUUGCUGUGACUGACCUGUCAGGAAUUAGCAUUUCUGAUCUUCAAGAGGGGCAGCUAUCCUCAGCAAGGAUAGCCUCAAGCAUUGCUAGAUGGCAGUUCCUUACCUCCCCUCGUAGUUGAGGGAUAAAUUUUGGUUCUUGAAUCUUUCAAGUUCUUCAUAAUGAUA